AUGCUCUCGGCCCCGCCCCAACUGGAUUUGGCCUUUGAUAGCGAAGAAUGGACUCCACAGCUCCCUGCACGGUUAUACAGAGCUGCCAGCGUCGGUAGCUGGGGCGUCACCUCAAUUGGUCGCGGAUUCGACUGGGACCAGAACGAAGAUGCGUCCGAGUCCAUUUUCUCGCAGAAAGGCUCCCCACAGCAAAAAAUCGACGCUUUGCCGCAGAAAGAGACGCCUCGACAGUCAGUAUACGAACCAUCCUUUCCAAAAGCCGACGAAGCUAGUCUGGGCAGAAAGACACCAGGCGGUAUUGUUCCAGACAGCGCAAAGGUUAUGCGUCUCGUAACCAAUGUGACCUCGACUCCCCCCGGUAUACUAACGUCCACCCUUUCUACGGAGCCAUCAGUAUACUCCCGCUCAUCGUCGCCACUGCUGUCGACCACCCCAGGUUCAUCCAAAGUUCCCACCCCGUCUCGUUCUCCCACAGCACCACAGCCCCGGCGCCGCUCAUCGCAGCAACGGGUUUCACUGAUUGCCGGGCGGGUGUCAAUUGCGCCUAUAGAACCCCCUUCGCCGCCGCCGAUCUUACCGAAAUCGCUUAACCGUGCAGACAGCACCAGCAGUCUGCUCAGUGUUGCCUCCAGCACACGAGCUCCUUCGCCUGCCAGGUCAUCGGAAGAGUCGUUUCUUGGCGAAAGGACUAUCUCCGAAUUUCACAUCGAAGGAGAAAUCGGACGUGGUGCUUACGGGUUGGUGAAGCGUGCACGGGAAAUUCUGGACGAUGGCUCUCUGGGGCCGCCUCUUGUCAUCAAACAAGUGAUCAAGUCGCGUAUACUGGCCGACUGUUGGAAGAAACAUCCUAAACACGGUACCAUUCCCAUCGAAAUCUACGUCAUGUCCGCCAUAUCCAAUACAUCCUAUGUACUGCCAUCGAAACGGCCAUGGGAUCCUCGCCGGUUCGAUUCGCUCACAUGUCUCCAUAAUCCGACCGAGUCAGGCUCUGAUGAGGAUGCCUGGGUAGAGGGAAAGACCGUCAAAGGUCAUCCCAACAUCUGUCCUCUUCUAGAUUUUUUCGAGGAUAGUCAUUAUUAUUAUCUCGUCCUUCCCUCAUCGACACCAGAACAUGGCGUUGACGAUCCACCGCCACCGUCCGAUCUUUUUGAUCUUGUCGAGAGUUACCCUCAAGGUCUUCCUCCGGCUUCUGUUCGCACUUAUCUAGGUCAGAUAGCCGACGCAUUGUGCUUCCUUCAUUCGCAUGGAAUAGUUCAUCGCGACGUAAAGGAUGAAAACGUUGUGCUGGGACCACAUGGCCGUUGCAUCCUGAUUGAUUUUGGUAGCUCCGGAUUGGUCAAAAAAAAUGGCUGGGAUUCUUUCAGUGGAACUCUUGACUACGCGGGUCCAGAAAUUCUUCGUGGCGAACGCUACCAGGGCAAGGAACAAGAUGUUUGGGCAUUUGGAGUUGUUGCAUAUGUUUUGCUCGUUGGAGAAUGUCCGUUUAUGACUGCGGCUGAGGCACAGGAAGGACUGGACUCCCCGUUUGCCAGCGCCUCUAUGGCGCUCGACGAGAGGUGUAGCGAGGAGAGGGAGACUGAUGGGGAAGAACAGGAUGGCGGCGGUGCGCUUGGAGAUGCUGCUGCACUUGUCAGGGCUUGUCUACGAUUGCAAGUUUCGGCUCGGCCGACAUUUGAGACAAUUCUCCAGUCACGAUUUCUGGCUGGCAACGGUGGAUGGACGUCUUGCGAUUCCUAA